UUCCACUCGUGAAAAGACAAAUGCCGAGGAGAAAAAUCCAGCUUUUAAAAAACAUGGAAACUUCAACCAUGAACGACCCAGUUUAACCCACAAACUCCACUCCACGUAAACACGUUCCACGAGUCAGCUCACCGUCCAUUUAUUGACACCCACCCCCAGUUUUUUCGAACUCUUCUGGUUUCCUCCAAAACUCAAAAUCUCUUGAAACUUCAACUCAUGGCUUCUCUGAACUCACUUGCCUUAUUCACAAUCUUCCUUGCUCUGCAUCUCAAGAUUGCGAAAACCGACUUUUUAUCCCCUCUUUUGCCACCCAUCUUCGAUGAUGUGUGCAAAGAAGUGGAAUGUGGAAAAGGAAAAUGCAAGCCUUCUUCAAAUGGAACACUCCCUUAUUAUACCUGUGACUGUGAUGCUGGCUGGAAACAAACUGCUGCUGCUGAUAAUGAUGAUGAUCAUCCCAAGUUUCUCCCUUGCAUUUUCCCCAACUGUACGAUGAACACUGCUUGUGCAGCAGCUCCUUCCCCGGUGCAAGAAAAGGCUACCAAAUCAAACCAAUCAAUCUUUGACAUCUGCCAGUGGACUAAUUGCGGAGGAGGAUCAUGCAACAAGACUUCUCCGUUUACGUACGAUUGCAGAUGCUCGGAGGGUUAUUUUAAUCUUCUUAAUGUCUCUGCCUUCCCAUGCUACAGAGAAUGUGCAAUUGGUAUGGACUGUGCAAACCUUGGGAUAUCCAUGUCAAAUAGGUCUACUUCUGUAACACCGACAUCGUCUCGAAAUGACGUUAACCGAGGCAGUGGACUCGAAGAUGUUCGGAAACUUUCGUUGGCUGAUAAUGUCGAUGGUGUUGCUCGCAAUGGUUGUUUGAUGUGUACGUAUAAAGCCGAUGCUCGGAGUUUCAAGUUCCACGAUCCAGAUAGCGAUUCGAGCAUCAAGCGCAGCCGUGUUCUUAUGUUGUUCUAUAGCUUAGAUGAUUUACCUUCGACUAUAUUGUUUCUUUUUGUACCUGUUAUGAGAUUCGCGGUUCGACUAUAAUACCUCCUUAUUUAAAAAAAAAUCUAGUUGCCUUC